UAUUUUCUUCCUCCCUCAUUUGGUCGGCGGUGUUUGUGUAGUGAACAUUGUUUUGCGUUGUCGUGGCACGUGCUUAUAAAAUAAUAAAAAUAAUUAUUUGCAAUACACAGUUUUCCUCAUACUGAAAAUAAACAUGGCAGACGCAGCCGUCGAAAAGAAGGAAGUUGCGCCCGAAGAGGUAACUUCUACCGAAGCAGCGAAAGAAUCGCCUGUGAAGAAAUCGCCAGCAAAGAAGGUUGCGGAAGCCGCGGAAAGCAACGGCAAAGGGGAAAAUGGUGCAGAUAAGGCCGCUGAAGAUACUCCCGCAGAAAACGGCGACGCUGAAGAAAGCAACGGGGACGCGGAAGAAAGCAAUGAUGCCACAGAAAAUGGUGAUGUCACAGAAGUUAAGGAAGCUGGUGUAAAGAGGAAAUCAACUGCAGCGGAUAAUGGUGAUGCAGUUGAAAAGAGCACACCAGAGAAGAAAGCUAAAGUUUCCGAGGAAAAGGCGCAAGAGGCAGAGGAAGCAAAGGCUUAAAGUCAACGUUAGGAAUUUGGUUUACUGCAAUGCAUCUGUCCUUUAGAGCUCAACUUAUAACAUGCAUAUCUUAUAACUUGAAUUAUUUACAGAUGUAAAGAAAUAGUUUCUUAUAGAUUUUACUAGUUGAUCUGAUUUACGUAUAAUGGAGUUGAGCUCUAUUGUGACCGCACUAACAUUAGGUUAUUUAUAUAUAAGAUAUUAAAGUAUCCGAUGAUUAGUAAUCUCAGAAUGUUUGAGAAAGGAGGACUUGUACAAUUUUGGAAGUUUUUUAAUGUUAACGAUUCAUUCUGCUCACUAUUCAUUUAAACAGCUAUUUUGCUGUUAUUUAAUAUGGUUAGUGAAGAUUGUUGAAGUAAAAAAUUUUUGUAAUGUUCAUUUUCAGGGGUAACAGACUGGUGACUUGUUCAAGUAGAAUACACUUUUCUAAGUUUGAUAAAUCCAGAGAAAUGUGUCAAGUUUUUACUUUGUUUACUC